AUGGGCAAACUCAUCAAAAACCACUGGGCCCGUCUCAUCGUCCUCACAGCCGCCACAUAUCAAGUCCUCGCCAGCCUGGAAGGCUUCUUCUGGCCCAAGAUCUUUUGGGACUUCCUCACCAAGAACCUCGACGGAGCCGUGAAACCUUUUCCGAUUUUACAAAUCAUCAACUUGAUCCUGGCAUUCAUAAGCCUCGCUUGGGAAUGGCCACUUGCUCCGGUGGUCAAGCUGUUGCCGGGACUUCAUCGGAGUAUGGAGGCAAGACUGGUGGUGUACCCGCUGUCCGCUCUGGCUGCGGUCAUCAUGUAUCAAUCAACCAAUGCGGCAUUAUACUACAUCAUUGGGGUGAUUGUAUACUUUUGGGCUUACUCAGAAGGCGAGACUGUGUGUCCAGAGCCUUGGACUGUUCCCAAGAGAGGCGGUGCCAGGCCCGGCAAAGUAUGA